CAAGUAUAAAAGACGUUGACAGUCCCUCAGCUCAACACAUUCGAAGUCUGUCUCCCUUUGCAGCGACACCAGUCGAAGAUAUCCCAACCAACCACCCAUCAAAAUGUUCAAAUUGUUCGUUCUUGCUGCUCUCCUGGCCGUGGCUGCCGCCAAGCCCGGUCACCUGGCUGCUGCCCCUCUGGUCUACAGUGCCCCUGCCACCACUGUCGUCCAGGAGCCCGUUCUGGCCAAGGUCGGAGCCGUGGUGAAGAGUGUGCCCACCGCCGUGUCCCACCAGAGUCUGACCCAGGUGCACAGCACCCCGGUGGUGGAGGAUGUGGUCGCCCCCGUGGUCAGGACCACCGCUGUUCACUCCGCUCCCGUGGUGGCUGCCGCUCCCAUUGUCAAGACUGUGGCUCCCGUCGCCUACUCCGCUCCAGUGGCCUACUCCGCCCCGGUGGCCUACUCCUCGUACUCCGCUCCUCUGAGCUACUCGGCGCCCGUGGCCUACUCCGCGCCCCUCUCCUAUGCCGCCCCCGCUCCCCUGCUGCACCACGCCCCCCUGACCUACGCCGCCAGCGCCUGGUAAGGCGGUGAAGUACGAAAGAUCUUGAACUGUGCCUUGUUUACUAAACUGCAAAAGCCCAAAAAAUUAAAAAAAUUAAUAAAAUGUGAAUACCAAACAA